GAAAUCUACGAACGUGUGAACUGCGUACCUAGACCUACCUACGCUUUACUAAAAUUCAUUUAAACGUUUGAACGUUUUCGACGCUAGUUUUAAAUCACAAAUCAAUAUGAGCUUUAAGCAAUGGUGGCAAAACUUAUCAUAAUUUUGUGCGUUUUCAAGUGUUACUUUUGCGAUUUUGGUAAAGAAGUGAGUUACAAUAUAAGUUUAGUGUUGAGAUGGGAAACUUUGGACUUUGAGUGGCCGGACAAAGACCGUAAGUUGGAAUCGGUUACCAAUCGAACGUUCGUACCGAAAAAUAAUUUCAUCAGAGGGUUCAGACUAUGGCAAGAUUUCGCUCUGAUUACGAUCCCCAGAUGGAAAUCCGGCGUACCUGUUACAUUGGCCAAACUCACAACAGCGACCAACUCCUCAGAUGGCAGAAUGGGUUCUCCAGUUCUCCAGCCGUAUCCAUCGUGGGCAAUGCAAAACAUAGACGAUUGUUACGCAUUGCAAAGUGCUCACAGCAUCGAAAUAGAUAGCGACGAAAAGUUAUGGGUUUUAGAUAAUGGCAUGAUCGAAGAAUUGGAGCAUAAUCGUACGGUAUGUCCUGCUAAAUUGAUGAUUAUCGAUUUGAAAAGUAAUUUUAUCAUACGAACUUUGAUAAUACCCUCGGAAAUGACACGUCCGGGGAGUACGUUCACUUCGAUGGCCAUUGACAAGUAUAAACAAAUCGCUUACAUCCCCGAUUCUAUUUAUGACCAAUCUGGCUUCAUUGUUUACGAUUUCAAUAUAGAUUCGUUCAAAAGAUUCGACUGCGAGCAUUUAAAUGUUGACGACGAAACAUUCAAUUUCAAUAACAUACCAGAGAAUUUAUGGUCGCAGUUCGUUUCUGUUUCUUUGAACACUGAUCGAAAUAAAUUGUAUUUCUCAAUUUUUGACAGCGAUGAUUUAUUCUUCGUCAGAGUAUCUGUUUUUGACGAGAACAUCACCGAUAUUUCAACCAGAGUGGAAAAUUUGGGAAAAUAUGGCCGAAGCGUACAACUUACCGCCGAUCCGAAAGGCUACAUGUAUUUUGAUGUGCUCAAUCGUAAGGCAGUCGCUCAGUGGAGAGAAAACAGUUGGGUUUUUCAGUAUACUCCGCAUAUUGUCGUACAAAGUAAAUUGUUAUGUCAUUGGAUUAGUAGUUUGGAUAUAGAUAGUAAUGGGUAUUUGUGGAUCGCCAGCACGAGAUUUUACGAUUACGUCUCUAAUAAAGUAAACGAUCAUAAGGAUAAUUUUAGAAUUUUCAAAGUAUUUGUGCCACGUAUGGAAAACCCAAAAAAACCUAAAACUGGGUUUAAUGCGGAAUACGUUGUUUUAGUUUUGUUCAUAAUUAUUAUCGGAUUAAUUAUUGUGGAAAUUUUGAUGUUCAACUCGGAUUAAAAUAUUUUUAUUGACUAAUGUUCAUUUCAUCAAUGCCGAAAAAUCAGAUCAGUACCUAGGUGCCUAUAUCAGAUAGAAUCAUAUGUGAUGUGACCAGACAAA